CAGUGUAUAUUUUGCGAAUGAGCGCAGGUGUAGUCACUAGUUAGUCGCAGGUGCGUGCGGAGUCGCUGCGCUGGGUGUGCCUCUCGUUCCUGCCAACCAGUGCGUCUCGUGUGAGUCUAUUGAUCGAGUGCGUCUCAACGGUAUGUUUGCGUAAUUAUUGGCGUUUCCCAACAAGACUGGCCACAAAGGUGUCAAGGACGCUAAUCAGUGUUUAGUUGAUUUUGACGCCUUACUGUGUCCUCAUCACCGACAACACCAACGAGGCGUCAAGUAAUGAUCCACACCACGCCGAUGACAGCCCAGUAGGUCCCGGGAACCCCCACCUCUACCUUCUAACUUGUUUGUGAAGCUCACCUGCAUAAGGUGCCUACCGCCACCUGCUCCAUGCUCAUCCCCAACAUCAGCGGCCAGCCAACAGCCUUCACCGUGCCCUCGUCCUCUUCCUCGAUCACCAGGGAGCCCCCCGCCAUGACAGCGCUGCCCCCUGCCCUCCCGUACUACGCACCAGGGAGUCGCGACAUGUACAGCCCCGCCCGCCCGCUAGUGCUGCAGCCACAGACAGGGGUGGCGACCGCUGGGGCAGCGCCCAUGGAAGGUCUGCGGUAUCCUCCUCCCAACGCAGCCGCGGCGGCCGCUGCCGCGCGACACUAUGACCUGGCGCAGCACGUCCUGUCCCAGCACACCGCCGCCAUGGCCAAGCUGCUAGGCACCAUCAGGCCGCCGGGAAUGAUCGGCGGCUCCAAGCCCAAGGUGGCCACGCCGCAGGUGGUGAACAAGAUCGAGCAGUAUAAGCGGGAGAACCCAACGAUCUUCGCCUGGGAGAUCCGCGAGAAGCUCAUCUCGGAGAGCGUCUGUACGAACUCCACGGCACCUUCAGUCUCCUCCAUCAACAGGAUUCUCAGAAAUCGCGCUGCGGAAAGGGCGGCCGCUGAUUUUGCCCGUGCCGCGGGGUAUGGUCUGUACAACCCUUACGCUGCAGCGGGAGGCAUGGCGUGGUCAAAUCCUGCUGCUGCUGCUGCUGCUGCCGCUGCGGCUGCGUCAUCCCCCAUCUGGGGUGGAGCAAGUGUGCCACACGCGGCUCUUCCUGCAGCCUACACUUCCUCGGCUGCCGCACACGCCGCCCUGGGCCUUCACCGAGUGCACGCCGAGAAGCUGAGCCUGCCGAUGGCGGGCCAGACGCACCAUGAACACAGACCAGAAGACGUGGACUGUAGUAAACCUCGGGGCGAGAGUUCAGCUAGUGACUGUGGGGACGACAGGCCGCCUACAGCUUCUUCCGCACCGCCCACUCCCGCGUCACCCACCUCGUCGUCCACAUCCACUACGACCAACAAGAGCAAAAUAAGUUUUAGUGUCGAGUCUCGUCUGCUGUCUUCACCGCCACCCACCUCCGUCCAUCAGGGUCACUCAGAGACCAGCCCGGCACACCCCACGUCCACAAACCCUUCCCACGCCGCCGCCGCCCACGAAGCUGGAUCCCUGGUGGCGCUAGCAGUGCCGGGAUGGCGCUACCCUCGCUAUCACCCGUACAACCUCACUCGGUAGGAUUCCUUGAGACGCGCCGCGGUGCCUUCACCGCAAUAUACAUUCUCGACAUCGCAACAUUUUUGCAUCACAUUAUCGAGUGUCCAUGGCCGAUCCCUCGCGGCCUUUGAAGCACGUGACAGUGCCUCGCUCUUGCCGUUAUCUUAAACUGACGCAGAGUAAUGAAACCAGAACAAAGCUUGACUUAGCAAUGAGGAGCAGUGAUGAGUGUUGCUGUAAAUGUGAAAACAGUUUAUAUAUGACACAUUGAUAAUUAAAAAAUGGCCCUAUAACACACACACACACACACACACACACACACACGGGCAAGACGUGCGGCAGGAAGUCAAGCACUGCAAGAGUCAGCAGGGCAGACCGCCAAAAGCCGGGCGGGUGACACGCUCCUUUAUUUAUGCCACCGCCACUCUGUGUGUGUGUGUCACGUCAGUCUGGCCUCCUGGUCCACAAUCCAGCUCGGCGAAACAUGCAGUAUGUAUCGUUAGAGGUAAAUUGGGAAGAUUUUAUCAUAACGUGAAAGUCAGUAACAAUAUCCAAUUGCAGGUUACAGUUGGUUUGUGUACAGAAUGAACCGGUUCUUACAGAGAGGCGAGAAUAGUGUCUGUAACACCCAGAUAUUCGGGUUGGAAGGAACAUGCGCCCUGCCCUGACCUUUGGCCGCUGUGACGCUGGGUAGCCACAAAAACAACUCUCAAAAUUGGGAGUGACGAAAAAAUUAUACCUAGACAUUAGUAUCCUGCACUGUACUUAGAAACCCCGUGAAGUACGACUGCAAACUGGUGAGAACAUGCCGCCAUAGAGUUCAGGAUCUUCAAGUUUCCUUCUCUGCUUCGCGUCACCUUGAACUGAGACACAAAAAAGGAAAAUAAUGAGUAAACGAGUCAAGGCCUGUAGUCUCUUAAGAAAGUGGACGGAAGGCAACGAAAUCUACACCUUCUUGUGCUUCUUUUGACAGUGGUGAGCUCAUUCUAAUAAGUAACAACUGAAUAUCAACACUACACAGAAAGAAAAGAAGACUCAAGAAAUCGUGGAAGUCUGCAAGGCCCAGAGGCAAAGAUCGGCAGUGUCCGCACCAAGAAUUACCAAGAGGGUCAUCAAUGGCAUCGCUUGGUAGGACGGGGGCACAGGAUCAGGCGUGUGUGGUGAUUGUAACAAGAUCAAAUUUGAUGUAAUUUUCCUGUACAUUAUACGUGUGCCAACUA